UGGAUGACUGCUGUUAUGUGCCUCUGUGUGUGUGUGCGCUUUUCUCUCCCUCUUAUUUAUACUGGUACCAAGCCUCAGACACACAGAAGAGAGAGAGAGCCCAGGGCAGAUAACGCAUACUGUGCACAGGGAACUGCCAGACACACAAGAGCACAGACUUCCUGCAAAGAGAGACCCAGGCAGCGGCUCCAAUGAAUUGAGAAGGUGCUGACUGCAUUGUGAGCGCAGCGUUCUCCUAUCAGGAUUUGCUCUGUUCUUGCAUCUUUACAACACUACGAUUAUUAUUUUAAUUUUUUAAUUUUUUUUAAUUUCAUUUUAUUUAUUUUUUUCCUAUUUUAUUUUUUUUCAGAAUUUUUUGGAAUUUUUCUUCCAAGCUGGGAUUUGCCAAGGAUUUUUAUUUAUUUUUUUAUUUUUUUUGGGAAGCUACCUGGAUCCUGCUCAGGACUCUGAUGAUUAUUUAAAGGGCUUCUGAGCAGCAGUCUUAAAGGCUGGAGACCUUUCCAUCUGGUAAAGCAUGGCUGUAAGGGGAUAUUCUUCUUCUUCUUCUACCUUCUCAUGGUGGCUCAGAGCCGGAGUGUGGAUCCUGGCAUGGAGCAGCAUCUGCCAAGUGUGUGCCAAUGGAUGCCCAGCCUUGUGCUCCUGUAGCGGAACUACAGUGGAUUGUCAUGGUUUGGGACUUAAAAUGGUCCCUAAAAAUAUCCCAAGGAACACAGAAAGGCUAGAACUGAAUGGGAACAACAUAACACGGAUCCUGAAGAAUGACUUCUCGGGACUCAAGCAGCUUCGAGUCUUGCAGCUGAUGGAGAAUCAGAUUAACAGCGUUGAGCGCGGAGCUUUCGAUGACAUGAAGGAACUGGAGAGACUGCGUCUCAAUCGAAACCAGCUGCAUAUGUUGCCUGAGCUUCUAUUCCAGAACAACCAGGCACUCUCCAGACUUGAUCUCAGUGAGAAUAUAAUCCAGGCGAUUCCAAGGAAAACUUUCCGGGGAGCUACGGAACUUAAGAAUUUACAACUGGACAAGAAUCAGAUUAGCUGUAUAGAGGAUGGAGCUUUCCGUGCUCUUCGGGGGCUGGAAGUUUUAACCUUAAACAACAACAACAUCACCACAAUUCCAGUUUCCAGUUUCAACCAUAUGCCGAAACUCAGGACUUUCCGGCUACACUCCAACAACCUGUUCUGCGACUGUCACUUGUCUUGGCUUUCUCAGUGGCUUCGCCAGCGGCCGACCAUUGGGCUUUUCACUCAGUGCACAUCGCCGUCCCAGCUCCGUGGCCUCAACGUGGCAGAAGUCCAAAAGCACGAGUUUAGCUGCUCAGGUCAGACCGACCCAUCCAGCGCUCAGAUCUGCAGCCUGUCUAUCGGCUCCUGUCCGGCAAUGUGUACGUGUAGCAACGGUAUAGUGGAUUGUCGGGGGAAAGGAUUAACUGCAAUCCCAGCAAAUCUACCAGAGACCAUGACUGAAAUACGCUUAGAGCUGAAUGGAAUCAAGUCUGUGCCACCCGGAGCCUUCUCACCAUAUAAGAAGCUACGCAGGAUAGACCUAAGUAACAACCAGAUCUCAGAGAUCGCCCCCGACGCGUUUCACGGCCUGCGCUCACUUAACUCCCUGGUCUUAUAUGGCAACAAGAUAACAGACCUUCCUAAGGGUGUGUUCAGUGGUCUCCAUGCCUUGCAGCUUCUACUCCUGAAUGCCAAUAAGAUUAACUGCAUCCGAGCCGACACCUUCCAGGACCUGCAGAAUCUUUCUCUACUGUCGCUCUACGACAAUAAGAUCCAGAGUUUGGCGAAAGGAACCUUCUCCUCGCUCCGAGCCAUCCAGACGUUGCACUUGGCUCAGAACCCUUUUAUCUGUGACUGCAACCUCAAGUGGCUGGCGGACUUCCUAAGAACAAAUCCCAUAGAGACCAGCGGUGCCCGAUGCGCCAGUCCCCGCCGACUCGCCAACAAACGCAUUGGGCAAAUAAAAAGCAAAAAAUUCAGAUGCUCAGCAAAGGAACAAUACUUUAUUCCAGGAACUGAGGACUUACAGCUGGGCAGUGAAUGUAACAGCGAUGUGGUGUGUCCACCCAAGUGCAGAUGUGAAUCCAACGUGGUGGACUGCUCCAACCUGAAGCUGUCCAAAAUCCCAGACCGCAUCCCACAAUCUACGGCCGAGCUGCGCUUGAACAACAACGAGAUCACAACGUUAGAAGCGACGGGAUUGUUCAGGAAACUCCCACACCUGAAAAAAAUCAAUCUGAGCAACAAUAAGAUCUCAGAGAUUGAGGAUGGGGCAUUCGAGGGUGCGGCGUCGGUGAGUGAGCUUCACCUGACAGCCAAUCACCUUGACUCUGUACGAAGCGGCAUGUUCCGGAGUCUGGAAGGUCUUAGAACGUUGAUGUUAAGAAAUAACAAGGUGAGCUGCAUCCACAACGAUAGCUUCACCGGGCUGAGGAACGUCCGACUCCUGUCCCUGUAUGACAACCAGAUCAGCACCAUCACGCCUGGGGCUUUCGACACUUUGCAGUCACUCUCCACUUUGAACUUACUGGCCAAUCCUUUUAACUGCAAUUGCCAGCUGGCCUGGCUGGGCGACUGGCUGAGGAAGAGGAAAAUCGUCACUGGAAACCCUCGAUGUCAUAAUCCAGACUUCCUGCGGCAGAUCCCACUGCAAGAUGUCGCCUUUCCAGACUUCAGAUGUGAAGAAGGACAGGAGGAGCUGAGCUGUGCCCCCCAGCCGCAGUGUCCCCAAGAAUGUACAUGCCUGGACACGGUGGUGCGCUGCAGUAAUAAGCACCUGUUAUCACUGCCUAAGGGAAUACCAAAGAACGUCACCGAGCUAUACCUGGACGGUAAUCAGUUCACAAUGGUGCCCAAGCAGCUGUCCACAUUCAAGUAUCUACAACUAGUAGACCUGAGCAAUAACAAAAUCAGCUCCCUCAGCAACUCCUCCUUCACCAACAUGAGCCAACUCACCACGCUGAUACUGAGUUACAAUUCCCUGAGGUGUAUCCCUCCUAUGGCAUUCGAGGGGCUGAGAUCCCUGAGGCUCCUGUCUGUUCAUGGAAAUGACAUUUCUACUCUGCCGGAAGGAAUUUUUUCAGAUGUUUCCUCUCUGUCCCACUUAGCAAUUGGUGCCAACCCACUUUACUGUGAUUGUAAUCUCCGCUGGCUGUCAAGUUGGGUGAAGACUGGUUACAAAGAGCCUGGCAUUGCCCGCUGCACUGGACCCCCUGAUAUGGAUGGGAAGCUUCUCCUUACCACUCCGGCUAAAAAAUUUGAAUGCAACGGGUCGCCAAGCUUGAGUAUACAGGCCAAAUGUGAUCCAUGUUUGUCCAGCCCUUGUCGAAACCAAGGCAGCUGUCAGAAUGAACCAGUGGAGUAUUAUAAAUGCAUCUGUCCGCAAGGCUUUAAGGGAAAAAAUUGCGAAAUCUCUCUGAACGCCUGUUCCAGCAGCCCAUGUGAAAACCAAGGAGCGUGCCACCCAAAAGAUGACGCCAGCGGGUUUGUAUGCGCCUGCGCUGAAGGUUUCGAAGGACUGACGUGUGCGAUGAACAGAGAUGAAUGCAAGUACAGUGACUGCGAGAAUGGUGGAACCUGUCUAGAUGGAAUAAACACCUACACGUGUCAGUGCCCACCACAAUACACAGGAGAAUACUGCGAACAAUUGUUGGACUUUUGUUCAGCAGAGCUCAAUCCAUGUCAUCCCGACUCCAAAUGUAUCUCCACUGCGGAGGGUCCAAAAUGUGAAUGUGCACCGGGCUAUAUAGGGGAGAACUGCAGCCUCAAUUAUGAUGACUGCAAGGACCAUCGCUGCCAGAACAAUGCCCAAUGUGUGGAUGAGGUGAACGGGUACUCCUGUCAGUGCACAGAGGGUUUCAGCGGGCAGCUCUGCGAGAUGCCAUCACAAGCAUCCGCCCUGUUGAACCCCUGCAAGUUAGCCGACUGCCAGAACGGAGCCAAGUGCAUUGACCUGGGGAACAGCGCGGUGUGCCAGUGUCUCCCAGGCUUCGGAGGGAACAGGUGCGAGAAGCUCUUGAGUGUCAAUUUUGUGGAUCGAGACACCUACCUGCAAUUCACAGACCUACAGAACUGGCCUCGGGCGAACAUCACUCUUCAGGUAUCCACAGCUGAGGACAAUGGAAUUCUCCUAUAUAACGGUGAUCGCGAUCACAUGGCUGUAGAGUUAUAUCAGGGUCACGUGAGAGUCAGCUAUGACCCCGGGAGCUUCCCCAGCUCUGCCAUCUAUAGCGCAGAGACUAUCAAUGACGGCCAGUUCCAUACGGUGGAGUUAGUUACCUUCGACCAGAUGGUUAAUCUGUCCAUUGACGGAGGUGCCCCCAUGACCAUGGACAACUUCGGGAAACAAUACACUCUCAACAGCGAAGCUCCCCUAUAUGUUGGAGGCAUGCCGGUGGACGUCAACUCCGCUGCCUUCAGACUAUGGCAGAUCCUUAACGGCACCAGUUUCCACGGCUGCAUCCGCAACCUUUAUAUCAACAAUGAGCUCCAGGACUUCACCAAGACUCAGAUGAAGCCCGGAGUUGUGCCAGGAUGUGAACCAUGUAAGAAGCUUUUCUGCCUCCAUGGCAUAUGCCAGCCCAACGCCGUCAAUGGACCAGUCUGUCACUGCGAGACGGGGUGGAUGGGCCCCCACUGUGACCAACAGAUAAGCAAUCCCUGCAUAGGACAUAAGUGCGUACAUGGGACCUGCAUGCCCCUGGACUCUGUGACCUACAGUUGCCUGUGCCAGGAUGGAUAUAAGGGAGCCCUCUGCAAUCAGCAAGGGGGAGAGCUCUAUAAUCCCUGCAGGAAUCUUCAGUGCCAACAUGGGCGCUGUCAGAUCUCAGACGUGGGGGAAGCAUACUGCGAGUGUGACAACGGCUACGUGGGUGACGUCUGUGAUCAGGAGUCGGAAUGUAGAGGCGAGCCCGUCAGAGAUUACUACCAAGUGCAGAGGGGAUACGCCAUUUGCCAAACCACACGCACAGUAUCGUGGGUAGAGUGCCGCGGAUCCUGCAACAACCAGGGCUGCUGCACAGGAUUACGCAUGAAGCGCAGGAAGUACACGUUCGACUGCAGCGACGGCUCCUCUUUUAUGGAAGAUGUAGAGAAGCCGAUAAAGUGCGGCUGUUCCCAGUGUAUGUAGGAUCUCAAUGGACUGGAUCAUCGUAGAUCAUACCACACCGGAUUAACGGAUUAAAAAAAAGAAAAAAAAAUCAACAAAAAAAGCGGACUAUACAUUCUGUAAAACUGAACUCUGCUUCCCUUUCAGAUGUGUGAACAUCUUAAUGUCUGUGGCAUUCAGCAAAACAAACAAAAAUUAUAUGUAUAAACAGUACCUACUACAUUGAGAGACACGCACACAUGCUGACUGGUUGUAUAGUGUUGUAAUCUUUGGGAGAGGUAUAGAGAAGGUAUAUGUGUAGAGGGUAAAUGUGUAGAUAGAGAUUUUUUUAAAAAAACACAAAAUGUAUUUAUACACAAUGUGGAUAGAUUUACACGGAGUGCGAAGGAAGCUUUAUGUCUAUUUUGUUUCUUGGAGUUAGAUACAUUUUUUUUUUCUUUUUUUUGAUUUUUUUAUUGUUUUUCUUUUUUGUAACCAUUGUGACAGUAUUGCAUUAUUUUUAUUUUUGUAUAGCGCAGAAUGUUCUACAAAUAUACUUUCCGAUUGUUUAACUUCUCCUAGAAAGAGGUAACGGUAAAAAAAAAAGUAGGGGAUCAUCGCAUCACUUUCAUAAAGCACUUUCUUUUGUCUGUGAAAUACGACCGAUUGUGUUUUUUUUUUUGUUUUGUUUUUUUUACACGAUUUAGAUUUUCUUGUACAAUGUAGGGUCCCAACAGUUUCUCCCUCUUUUUAUUUUUUUUUUGAGUCCCAAUGAGGCGGUGAUGUUUUAUUAGAAGUUACUACAUUAAAUAUUUGGAUAAGAGGUUUCAAGAAUUGAAAAAAAAAUAUUCACUUUUUGUUUUGCCCAAAAAAACGGCACCUCUCAUCUAGUGGCCAUGUCUGGAAUUGCAUCCCAGCCCGAUUAAAAGGAGUAGUGUUGUGAAAUAUAACUUAUUCCCUAUCCAAAGGAUAAGGGAUGAGUUAUAGAUAGCGGGGAGUCCGACCGCUGGGACCCCCGCAAUCUCCUGAACGGGGCCCCAGCAAUCUGCCGGAAGGGGGCGUGCCGAUUCCCGCACGGAGACGGGAAUGCCCACUCCAUGUAUCCCACUUCCUGCAGGGGCCAGAACGGCCGCUUCCGACAGACUGCCGGGGCCCCGUUCAGGAGAUCGCGGGGGUCCCAGCAGUCGGACCCCCCACAUUCUAUAACUUAUCCCCUGUCCUUUAGAUACGGGGGAUACGUUAUUUUCACUGCACUACUCCUUUAAAUUGGAUACUGCAAAACAAGGCACAGCUCAUGCACAAUAGUGGAACUGUUUUUAGAAUCACGGACCACCUCUCUAAGGGCAUGUUCAAACGGCAGAAUUUCUGUGUGGAAUUCUGCAUGGAAAUUCCGCAGCAGCAGAGUUCUAUUGAUUUCAAUGGGAUUCUGCUGCACUGUGAAUUUCCAUGCCAGAUGUUUCAGGUGCGGAAAUCCUGAUUCCGGCGUCCGCAAAGACAUUGAACAUGUUUCUGCAGACUUCUCACGGAAAUGCAUUGUUGUCUAUGAGACGCUGAAUUUCCCAGCAGUCCUAGCGCCGCCACAUUCCAUGCGGACAUUCCAGCCUGUGAACGUACCCUAACAAACCAAAUCGAAAAACCUCAGAAUCUGGUACUGCUCAAUAUCAAUUCAUACAUCCGAAAGUUUCACCCAUCUGUAAAUGGGGAUGUUGCAGCGCUACCCAUAAUGCAUUGGGUGACAUUCCUAAAAGGAGUAAUAUAGUAGUAUGUUUUUACUAUACUAAGCCUGGUGUCAAAAUGCUUGUGUAGUAGCCACUAGUGUAGUGCUAACAGUGAUGUCUGAUGAACUUGGUGCCAAACGCCUGUGGUGCCAUACAAUGUAAGGUGACCCCCUCCAGGAUUAUCCCAUAAAUCUAGAGAGGGAAGGACAAUAAAGAACAAGCAUUCUCCAACCUGAA